AUGAAUUCGACGGUGAAGAGAAACGUAUUAGCUGUUAUCAGAUCACUGUUUGCUAGCUCGAGCUUGAUUACAAAAGCAGAUUUCAGAAACUCCUUAUCUGCUUCCAUCACCGCCAAGUGUUCGACUUUAUGCCUCAACGAAGCUGAAGAACAGAUUCUUAGUCCGUUGGAAGUUCUACGAAAAUGGGGUUGUAACGACGAUGAAAUAUCAAAGCUUUUUAUUUCCAGGCCGUCUCUGCGGAGAGCCAACGUUGCUCAGCUGGAGUAUAAGCUAAACCUCCUUACUCCACUGGGGAUCACAUCAUCGGACCUUGUGAAGAUCGUUGAUUGCCGUCCGAGGUUCUUUAGCCGCCAUAUCCACCUUGUUCUUGACGAGAGAAUCAACUACUUCAUUGAGCUUCUGGGGUCGAAAGAGGUGUUGCGCAAAGUCAUAAUCCGGAACCCGUCGCUCAUGUUUUACGACCUCGAGGAGAAGAUCAAGCCCGCGGUUGCGUUCUACAGAGAGUUGGGGAUUAGCCAGGAAGAUCUCGUGGCGAUGUUUGUAGCGAGACCCACGUUGAUUCCAAGAACAAACUUUAGUAACGAGAAGUUUGAAUACAUUCAGAGAACUGGAGUCAGUAGAGACUCCAAGAUGUUCAAAUACGUUGCAGCAACGAUUGGGGUUUCAAGGAUGGAGACGAUUGAGGAGAAAGUUGCAAACUUGGAGAAGUUUGGGUUAUCACAAGAAGAGAUUUGGAAUCUGUGUGGAAGAUGUCCGAUCAUUCUCACUUUAUCGGUUGAGAAGGUUCAGAGAAACAUGACUUACGUCAUGGCCUCGAUGAAGUUUCCAGCUCAUUCCGUGCUUAAGCACCCGUUCUUGCUUCUCGUCAACCUCGAGACUCAUCUAAGGCCACGGGUGGAUCUCGUGAAGAGAGUCUCCGAGAUGGGUCUAAAGCCGCUUGUUGAAGAAGUGAACAUUGCCACAGCGCUGAGGAUGAGCGAGAAACGGUUCUUGAGUGUUUAUGUAAUGUGUCAUCCGCAAGAUGUUGCUGCUGAGUUGAUGCAAGUCUACGAGAAAGCGAAAAGUAUGAAACGUUUGGCUGAGGAAUCCAAGAAGUACGUUUUUAAAGGAUUUCCCUUUUGA